CAUGGCAGAGACGUGGGAACCCGCCAAGUUUGAGCAGGACAUGCAAGCACUCAUGGAGGCAAAGCUUCCUAUAUCAGAAUCUAAGAUCAAGGGACUCAAGAAUAAGGCUAUGACCCAUCCAAAGCAAUACGACGAUUUUGUCAAGUCUAUUGAACGAUUCCUACGAAAUUCGUCUUUUGAUUACAAGUUAGCGGGAAUGUAUGUUAUUGACGCCAUUGCUAGAAGUGCACACGCAACUUGGAGGAAAAAAGGUGAAUCUGAAGAAGGAAUGACGUCGAAACAAAUACUAGAGAGAUUCGAAGCCAUGUUUAAUAGUAUUGAUCCAACCGGGAUCUUUCACAAUUGUUCCGACAAGGAUAAGGGGAAGCUGAUAAAGACGGUCGACAUUUGGGGUAGAAGCGGAAUAUUUUCGCAAAAGGUUGUGAACUUCUUGUCAAAAGGAUUGUCUGCUGUAUCAUCACCUAAGAGAGAUGGUCGCAAUAUUCCACAGCCUGACUUACAGCCAACAGCUCCAACGAAUGAUACAACCGCCCUAUUAGCUACUCUUGCAAACAUAGCCAAAGGCCAAUACCCUAAUACUACCGCUCCCAUCAUGCAACAACCUUCAUUGAACGAAAAAGAUGCUCCCCGAAAUUUUGAUGAUUUCGAUUAUGGUGAUGAAGAUGAUGAUUCCGGCUCAAAGAAGAUUACUGCAAAUACAGGCCCGGAGUUGCCUGCUGCUCUAGCAAAUUUGCUUGAUACAUUGAAACAAAAUAGUCCUUCUGUGUCUCAUAACAAUGUUCCUGACAAUACAUCGCUUUCUUUUGUUACCCCAUCUCAUGAUAAGCCUGUGCCUACGGACAACGUUCAGAGUUACAUGUCACCAGGCAAUCCUCAUUUCCCACACUCUCCAUAUCAAAAUGAGGAUGGCGCUUGGAAUGAACGUACUCAGGUAGCUGCUCCCCUUCAAUAUCAGAACCAAGUAGUACCACCCCCGAUGGCCAUACCCAACGCCUAUGGUCCUCCAAAUAAUUACCACGGCUCCAUUCGCCCCCCACAUCCAAGCACCAAGCCCGGCCCGCCAAACCCACCCAUAUCGUUGCUCGAUCACCCCGCCAAGCUCAAAGUAGCCCAGACAAACCCAGAACCAGAGCCAGAAACCCGUUCAUUUGGAAAUAGUCUUGUAUUUGAUGAUCCUUCACUGCCAGAAGGUUCCAUCAGAGUUCUUACUAGGACAUUGUUUGUUGGCCCACUACCGGACGCCAUGACCAAACAGCAAAUUCGCGAACGAUUCGCGGAAUACGGAAACGUCUCCAGCGUAGUAGUACAUAAAACAAGAAAUAAUUUGGUCAAUGCGUUUUUAAAGUUCGAUCGAAGGCAGGCUUUAGAUCAUAUAAAAAGCACAAUGAAUACAUUUCAAUUGGACAAACUCACAGUCAAAGUCAAUUGGGCAUCUGGGUUUGGACCCAAGAUGUAUUUCAACUAUGAACUUGGGGAAGCAAUUGUACCGCUCUCGGCGUACACUGAUAUUGAAAAAGGUUAUCUGAAGACGGGGUAUUACGGAGGGUUCCAAGGCUCACCAUUCCGAGAUAGGGUGACUAUAGAAGAACCUGAUGUAGAAUAUCGACCACCUCAAGCGCUUGAGCCAGUAGGGGAGCAAGCUGCCAUUGCUGCACCGAAAGGUCCAAAGUUUGGACGCCCUCCCAUGGCCCAAGGCCUUAAACGUGAGCUGGAUUCUGGUAAUCCUCCGGUUCGAGGACCCAAACGUCAACGUGAAAAUGAUAACAAUGGACCAUGGCCACCAGCAGGAAUGCCACCGCAAAUGAGACCUUUGCCAAUGGGCAACCCCGCGAAUGGACCUAUGGCGAUGCUUUGGCCUCCUCCACCUCCGCCUCCAGGAUUUAACUACCCCCGUCCCCACGGUUUCCGACCUCCUCCUAACUAUUUGAGCAAAAGGAAAGACGAAUGAAAAAUCAACAGCGAAAGGGAUACUAAAUUUGUAAAUAAUCCAAAUCUCAACCCACCCACCUUCAUCUGACAAGCACAUGCUUACAAGGCAAAAUGUGGUGUUUGUGUAUUUUCCUGUCUCGAUAGACAUGGUUCAAAUAUGGAAGACAAAAUAAAAACACAAUAACUAUUUAUUGU